AUGGCCGCCGACCGCGCACGCGUCUCCAGCGCCGACCCCUAUUUCGACCUGGGCACAUUCCACCGCCCCGUCUCCACGACCUGCUCACACGCGCAGGCAUGGUUCGACCGUGGCCUCGUCUGGACGUACGCUUUCAAUCACGAGGAGGCCGCGAAAUGCUUUGAGCGGGCCAUUGCGCACGACCCUGACUGCGCCAUUGCGUACUGGGGCCUGGCAUACACCCGAGGUCCAAACUACAACAAGCCAUGGGAGGCAUUCGAUCUAGACGAACGCGACGAGAUUGCGACUCAGACAUAUCGUGCCGUUGAACAGGCGAGAGAAAAUAUACACGGUGCAUCUGUCGUGGAACAAGCCCUCGUGAACGCUCUCAAGCACCGAUACCAAGAAAGCCGUCUGGUGGAUGAUCUUUCAGUAUGGAAUCUGGACUAUGCUGCUGCCAUGGCUGCGGUGUACGCGUCCUUUCCGGGGGAUCUUGACGUUGCUGCGCUCUACGCAGACGCAUUGAUGAAUUUGACUCCGUGGCAACUGUGGGAUCUGGAGACUGGGAAGCCUGCCCAGGGUGCGCGAACAGAAGAAGCACGUCAGGUUCUGGAGCCUGCUCUCAGGCUCCCUGGUGGCUCUGAACACCCUGGACUACUACACUUGUAUAUUCAUCUCAUGGAAAUGUCGAAUACCCCCGAGGUGGCGGCGCCUUGGGCCGAUGCCCUUCGCGAACUUGUUCCUGAUGCCGGCCACCUCAACCACAUGCCCUCCCAUAUCGAUAUCCUAUGUGGGAACUAUGAGAUGGCUAUUACUGCGAACACAAAAGCAACUGCUGCAGAUCGAAAAUUUGUGGAGCGAGAAGGUUCUCUGAACUUCUACACACUUUACAGGGCUCACGACUAUCACUUCUUGAUCUAUGCUGCGAUGUUUGCGGGUCAGUCAAAAGUCGCUCUUCAAAAUGUCGACCUGCUAGAAGCUGCUGUUCCCGAGCAGCUGAUUCGUGUAGAGUCCCCUCCAAUGGCAGAUUGGCUGGAAAGCUUCUUGAGCAUCCGGAUGCACGUUCUCAUUCGUUUUGGGCGCUGGGAUGAUAUCCUCGCUCUCCAAACCCCUACUGACCCGGAUCUAUAUGCUGUUACUACGGCCAUGAUGUGGUACGCGAAAGGAAUCGCGGCUGCUGUCACCAGCAGAGCUGCAGAAGCCAAAUUGUAUCGUGAGAAUUUCCACGAGGCACUGAAGCGUGUUCCCGAUUCUCGCACCUUGUUUAAUAACAAAUGUAGUGAUAUUCUUCGAGUUGCAGAAGCGAUGCUGGAAGGCGAGUAUCUAUUCCGCCAAGGCAACACGGACGAAGCAUUUAUUCACCUUGAACGAGCUAUUUUACUGGAAGGCUCACUCACCUACGAUGAGCCAUGGGGGUGGAUGCAGCCAGCACGGCACGCAUAUGGUGCGCUUUCACUCGAAUCGGGGGCUACUCAACGUGCUAUGGAGGUAUACGCCGCUGAUCUGGGCUAUAAUACCAAGCUACCUCGUGCCCGUACUCAUCCAAAUAAUGUUUGGGCUUUGCAUGGCUAUCACGAGUGUCUCGUGAGAAUGAAACGCUUCCCCGAAGCUCAGUCCAUCAAACGGAUACUUGACCCCCUACUCACGCUGGCCGAUGUUCCCAUCACGUCGUCUUGUUUCUGCCGUCGCCUCCAGCAGAAUACCUAG